CGUGCGAUAUCUAGAUUAAGACCCUAUUUCGUAUUUUCAUUAAAUUUCUUUUAAAGAUUCCGUAGAACAAGCUCGUGGACCUUCUCCACUUCAGGCAAUAUUUGAAAAUACGAAAGGACCAUUACCUAAUCCAGGACAUUUGCUGGCAAUGAAGCAUCCGUUUAACAGAGGCGUAAGAUCCCCACUUUAUAUUCCCUUGUUUCCCUUAAACGGCCAGCGUAGGUGGUCUGAAGCCGCUGCUGGAGAGGUAAUAGAUGAAAACUCAACAGAUGUCGAAAGUCAAAUGAGACGAUGGUCAAUGCCUUGGGAAGCAGUUAAAUCCGAUCAGAACACAGUGACUUGGUAUCAGACGCGGAUAAUGCCGAUAAAUAAUAUGAAAGUACUGAACCACAAAACACCGUGCUCUGACAGAAGUGUAUCCAAUACACCUGCACCCGUCUUCAGGAUACACACAUAAAUCAGCUGAUCUGUGUUUAUUAUUUAUUUUCAAUUGAGAUGGAGGAGGAAGCAAGAGUAAGUAAUUUUGUACUGUUUUUCUAGCGGUUGUUUUUCCUACAGGCAAGGAAACGCGAACAAAACUGGGCUGCAUCCGAGAAAGACUGUUUGCGGGAUUUGGUCAACGGGCACAUCGAUGUGAUCGAAAACAGAUAAAAUGACCUCCGGGUGAUUAAACGGAAGAAAGAUGCCUG